GUGAAAAGCCCACCCGCAGGGGGGGCACCUCGCUAGAGGGUCUGAGCUUGCUGAGAUAAAGCCUCCGUUCAAUGGGAGAAACAUUGCAACGGAAACGAUGCCAACAUGCCCCGUCGAGUCUCCACGCAAUCUGCUUCAUCUACGGAAUCCCUGACGGGGCCAUCGGCCUCAUGUUCCAGCAAGACCUUCUAUACCGCCUCGAUUCUUGUCCCUAUAACGCUUCCGAAAUCCAAGUCUUUUGUACCGACGUUCCAUUCAUGCCUAAUCUCGCGCACCUACGCACUUGACCUCUGCGUGUCGUAUUACACCCCGAACGCAAACCUCAUCGCCCCAAGCAGCUCGCUGAGGGUCCCGAUACAGAUAACCUGUGAACGUCGGGACAGAUCUAUCGGUCAGGACGAUACAGAAGCAGAGGUAGAUGCAGAGAACGAUGAAGAGGAAGACGUCUUCCGUCCUCGGAGGAUUGGUCUACCGAAUCCUGGAAGCCUAGACGGCAGCGGUAGCCUUUCUGACAUAUCAGAUAAUACGUCUAGAUCCCUGGAGCGCGCGGACCCUCCAGGAUACUCAGACGCGACAUCCACGCCACGAAUUUGGGGCCGUCCGAAUGGUCAGACCCUAGCUGCGUGUUCUUCUACUCCCCGAGAUGACGAAAACCGCAGACCUGAAGAGAAAACUGGCGCUAUGGCGAUGUUGCUGCCUCCUGUCUAAGGAGGAGGGGUUAGUUAUGUGGUGUUUAAAAGUGUAUUCUCAUAUAUAUAUAUCUUUAAUAUUUAUGGAUGUACUUAGUAUUGUGUCAUUUCCAAUGUCUUCGCCGAGGCUGAAAAAUACCCGUGGCUUUUCUAUUUUCUGCGGGAAGAAAGUUAUGACAUAUAUCUUUAGACUUGUUCUUUAUUAUUAUUAUCAUACCUAAUGUCAAAUCUGUUA